AUGGCGACGAGGUACUGGGUAGUGUCUCUCCCCGUUCCGAAUUCCGCAUCCACUCUGUGGAACAAAUUGCAGGAGCAAAUCUCCAAACACUCUUUCGACACUCCUCUUUACAGAUUCAACAUCCCCAAUCUCCGCGUCGGAACCCUAGACUCUCUUCUCUCUCUAAGCGACGAUCUUGUCAAGUCGAACAAUUUCGUGGAGGGAGUAUCGCACAAGAUCAGGCGGCAGAUUGAGGAUCUGGAGAGAGUAUCCGGCGUGGUGAGCAGUAGUUUGACGGUGGAUGGAGUCCCUGUUGAUUCGUACCUGACGAGGUUUGUUUGGGAUGAAGCCAGGUACCCGACUAUGUCGCCGUUGAAGGAGAUUGUGGAUGGCAUUCACGGUCAGGUGGCAAAGAUUGAGGAUGAUCUCAAGAGAGUUGUUGCUAUCAUGCCAAGUGGAGUAUUUGAGUUAUUGGUAUCAGUUUUCCGUCUGGAUGGUCAAGUGACAGAGGCUGUUUGUGCUUGCUGGUGCUUAGGGAGGGCCACCAAGGAAAGUGCCAAAUGGCAGUGGUGCCUUAUUGUGUUUGGUGGUGCUGGAUGCGUUUUGACAUUAACAUUUGACUUCUUUGGACUAGGAACAUUUGUCCUCUCCUAUGGAACCUCAAUUCUUCAUCUUCUUCAACUUGACUACCAUAUCUUGAAGGUUCGUGUGUCUGAGUAUAACAAUAUCCGCAGUCAGCUUAAUACCAUCAACCGAAAACAAACUGGAAGCUUAGCUGUCCGUGAUCUUUCCAACUUGGUAAAACCUGAGGAUAUUAUAACUUCAGAAAAUUUGGCUACCCUUCUUGCAAUUGUUCCUAAGUAUUCACAGAAGGAUUGGCUCUCAAGCUACGAAACAUUGACAAACUAUGUGGUUCCCAGGUCCUCCAAGAAGUUGUACGAGGAUAAUGAAUAUGCUCUUUAUACUGUAACACUCUUCAGUCGUGUUGCAGACAAUUUUAAAACUAGUGCACGAGAAAAAGGGUUCCAAAUUCGUGAUUUCGAAUAUAGUCCCGAAACACAUGAGAGUCGGAAGCAAGAGUUAGAGAAAUUGAUGGAAGAUCAGGAGAGUUUGAGGGGCUCUCUAUUGCAGUGGUGUUAUACCAGUUAUGGAGAGGUUUUCAGCUCCUGGAUGCACUUCUGUGCAGUACGUGUAUUUACUGAGAGCAUUCUGAGAUAUGGUCUUCCACCAUCUUUCUUGGCAUGUGUUUUAGCUCCAUCAGUCAAAGCUGAGAAGAAAUUGCGCUCUAUCCUUGAAGGGUUCAGCGAUAGCACAAACAGUGGUUACUGGAAGUCCGAGGAUGAAGGGGUUGGGAUGGCUGGACUAGUAGUAGGUGAUGCCGAUGCCCACCCUUAUGUCUCGUUCACUAUCAAUCUUGUUUGA